AGGUUAGACAGGCUAUUAUAGAUAAUACUUUAGCUAUUAUUGUAAGGUCAGUUUUAUGACUUUUUUAUGAGUUUUUGUAUAGUUAGCCUAAAUGUUUAAUAUUUUAUACGCUUUUCAUCUUUGUAGUAAAUGUACUUACAUAUCUUUACAAGCACAAAUCCUGCAGGAACUCGACUUUCAUUUUCACAAGUUCCUUCCCCUGCGUCUCAAAACACGGAAGUCACGUGACUCGCUUUGCUUCCUGUUUACUUCGGGAUAGGGGCAGUAAUAUCACUGACAGCUAGCUUGAAGUGUAUAUAAGCUAUGUGUUUCCCGGUGCCGUCGGUUUUAACGCUGUGAACAUGUUGGAGCGUUUGUGUUUUCUGCUGCUGUGUUACAGCGCGGCUCCGCUUACAGCGGCACCGACUGGAAGACGUUACCUGGCGAGCACAGGGAGGUUUUGGCACAUCACAGACCUCCACCUGGACCCCUCCUACCACCUGACCCCAGACCCCAAGAAGGUUUGUUACUCCUCCAAAGGAGUCCCUGCCACCAAUCCCGGCCUGUAUGGAGACUUCCUGUGCGACUCACCUUUCCGCCUUAUUGAGUCCGCCUUCACUAACAUGGCAUCGCUCACACAGCCAGAGGACUUCAUCAUUUGGACCGGUGACAGCCCACCUCACGUCCCUCCAGAUGAGCUCUCUACAGACAUAGUCAUCCAGGUCAUCAGUAACAUGACCCAGACCAUCAGACAGCACUUCCCCAAUCUGACAGUCUACCCUGCAGUUGGAAAUCAUGACUACUGGCCUCAGGACCAGAUGCCAACCUCCACUAAUGCCAUCUACAAAGCUGCUGCUCAGUCCUGGAAACUCUGGCUGCAUGAUGACGCUCUGCUAACACUUUCACAAGGUGGUUUCUAUUCACAGCUUGCUAAGCCUGGUUUGCGGGUUGUUAGUCUCAAUACGAUCCUUUACUAUAGUCCCAAUAAGGUCACACAGAACAUGACAGACCCUGCGGGGCAGUUUGAGUGGCUGGAAAAAACUCUGGAGAAAGCUGCUGAGAAUCUUGAAAAGGUUUACAUCAUAGGCCAUGUGCCAGUCGGGUUCCUGCCUUUUGCCAGAAACAUCACAGCUAUAAGAGAGAACUACAACGAGAGGCUGGUCACCAUCUUUAGGAAGUACAGUCAUGUGAUUGCGGGACAUUUCUAUGGACACACUCACAGAGACAGCAUCAUGGUGCUGCUGGACAAACAAGGUCAACCUGUGAAUUCUCUGUUUGUGUCACCGGCUGUUACACCGAUCAAAAAUCUUGCGCAGCUCUACUCCAAUAACCCAUCUUUCCGCAUGUACUUGUACAAUAACAAGGAUUACACUAUGCUGGAUAUCUGGCAGUACUAUUUGAAUCUGACGGAAGCCAAUGAGAAACAAAGAUCAGACUGGACGCUUGAAUAUAUCAUGACUGAGGCUUUUGGACUGACUGACCUGCAGCCGCAAAGUUUACUCCAGCUGGGCCUGAGUUUUAUGCUGCCGCAGACAAAAAGCUUUGAUAAGUAUUUUAACCACUUCAUGGUCAGCUACAACGACAGCAUCAUCUGUGAUGGAAUAUGUAAGGUCAGCCAGGUGUGUUCUGUGCUCUUUCUGGACCAGCUGUCCUAUUCCAGAUGUGUAAAGGGAGAUGAGCGGACAUCCACAUGAAGGGUCAUUUUAAAUGAUUUAUCAAUAUUGAACUUUUGAUAAUAAUAUUCUGAAGUAUUACAUUUUGCAAACUAGAUGGAUGAAGUCAGAAAAAGGGAAGUACCGUAUAAUGCCUAUGCUGCUUAACAGAAAGAAAUGCAGGGACAACUUUUUUAGGGAUAUUUUUUCUCACCUAUUGAAUUGCAUCAAUCUGCAAACAUAUCCAGAUGGGGUCAGGACCAAAAGGUGAUAGUAGAUAAAUGACUGACAAUAUAGAAAAUACAGUCAUUUAUACAUAAUGAUGAUACUGAAUUGCUGGUGUCUCAUGUCUGUAGUCUCUAAGAACAAAAAAGAACCUCAAACUCGUCUGUGUGUUUAUUCUGAGAGGGUGGAGGACGUUAAUUGUAGCUCCAGGCUCCGUCAUGCAAGUUUAUUCCAUGUAGUGCUCCUUGCACUAAUCGAUUACAGCCAAACUUUGGAUCAAAUGCUACCAAAUCACGUGAGUUUAUUGUGUUGAUUAAUCGUGCAUACUUGAAAUAUUUCAGAGGAAAAUUUAAAUGAAAUCCUUUAGAUUUAAAGAAGGACAGCUCUGCUGUAAAUUAGGAAAAAGAUUCAGCUGUAGUCUUAUGGAAAUGUAAAUCCAGCUUUUGUUGGCUUACGUUUAUAUUCUUCUAUUAGCUACAACUGAUUAGUCAAAUCUGAUUUUAAUGUAAAUGAUAGUGUAUCAGGUCACCAAAAAUCAUACUUUAAUUGCAUAAACUAUACAAAUUGCUCCAUAAAGGAACAUUAAAGACAUUCAGUUUAGUCACAAGUUUCAUUCAUAAAAUCACAUGAUUAACAUAAGAUUUAAAAGUUUGAAAAUUAUGUUUUGUUUAGUUUUUUUUAUAUAUAUUUUGUUAAACUUUUUGAUUGUCGUGACAAAUUCUGACUAUACAAGACUAAACCUGUUACCUUAUCCAUUCCUUAAUGUUGCAUAAACCAGAAUUUUUUUCUUCUAUUGAAACACAUGCUUUAAAUUUAAUACCCUCAAAAGGACACCGAAGUAUAAAAUGUGUACAGUAAAAUGUGCUGUAAGAGAAAUGUAUCUACCCUGGGUAAAAUGUGCAUGAAUGAUAGCAUGUCAAGCUGCUGCUUAAGAAUGGAAUAUCACCAGAUGACUUGUCUUGUUACAUGUAAGAGAGAAAAUAUUGAUUUGGCUUUUAAUGAUUAUUUUUCUAUUAAAUGAAACUCUUUAUUCAAAAGUU